UUGUCUGUAGCAUCUGAACCACGGCAGACGGAAACUUGGGACUGGCGCCAGGUUGUAGAGCGACAUCUGUCGUAUGUCUGCAUGCGUUUAGAACAGUGCUUUGCUGUGUAUAUUUUUGGAACGUCAGGCAAAUUUGCUUUCUAAAGAUACACCACGGUAGACCUGAUCGGAGGUCCUACUUUCCAUAGAUUUACUUCCCAAAGUACCCUCUUUCGAGUACUGGAAAUCCCAUCAUUCUGUUUUUUUCCCUUCAAAAGUUAUUCAAAAACUAACCGUGACCACUGUUUUAUUCUUUCACUAGAUAAUAGUUAAAAUAUUCCAUUAUUUUAUAGGUUCGUCUUUUGCGACUUUGUUAUCGUUGCUACAUCGUCAAGUCAUAGGUGCCACAGUGACAACAUGGAAUGAAGAAUUGGAAACUCCUUUUGUUUACAUGAAAGAACAGAGUUCAGCCGGUGACGUUAGCACUGUGGAUGUUAUUUCACCAGCAUCACCCUUCUACUUAUAUUUGGCACCGGAAACAUUGAGACUGAUGCUCUUGCCUCUCUUAGAAUAUUCAGCCAACCUUACAUACAUCCGAUAUAAUCUUCCAUGGGCUCCCCAUCAUUUAGGUGACUGGCCAGUAUGCAAUAUUCUCCCCGAAGAACAAGAGCAAAUGCCCAUGGAAGAAACGGGGAAUAUGCUAAUUAUGUUGGCAGCUAUUGCCCAGCGACAACAGGGGCAAGUAGAAUAUUUGAACAAAUAUUCUGAUCUACUUCAAAUAUGGGCAAACUACUUGAACGAAUCACUACCAGAUCCAGAAAAUCAACUUUGCACUGAUGAUUUUGAAGGUCCUUCCCCUCACAACGCUAAUUUGGCUAUGAAAGGGAUUAUUGGUUUAGGUGCCUAUUCGAUAAUAUUGAAAUAUCAAGGUGACGUUAGUAGAUCCGAAUAUUAUUUGUCUCAAGCUGUAGCCUAUGCUUAUCAAUGGAUUGAUCUGGCUAAAGAUGUCGAAGAUGUUCAUGAUUUGCCUCAUUUUCGUCUUGAAUAUGAUAAAAAUGGAACAUGGUCAAUGAAAUAUAAUUUAUUCUGGCAGUAUGUACUGGAUCUUAAUAUAUUUCCCGAUGCAGUAAGACAAAUAGAACUCGCCUAUUACCAAACCAAAUCGAAUAAAUUUGGUGUGCCGUUAGAUUCACGUGGAACAUUAGCCAAAUGUGAUUCAACACUAUGGAUAGCGUCAAUGUACGAUCUUCAUAGUGAACAACAGCAAAUGAUGUUGAAUCAUAUUUAUCAGUUUGCUCAUGAGACACCAACAAGAAUUCCCAUUUCGGAUGUUUAUGACACAUCGAAUAAUGAAGCCAUAUUCUUUACAGCGCGACCAGUCAUGGGUGGAUUACAUUCUAUUGCAUUGCUCAAUCAGCAAAAGGUACAAAAAAUGAUGACUGAUAUCGUGAAGUCAGUCACUUCGUUUGAAUUUAUAGCGUGCAGUAAAUGUGAAUUAAGUGAUCGUUAUGGACCAGAUAAUGGAUACAAUUGCCAUCCCAUAGGUGAUACUGAGAAUGUUGUUUGCACUUGUCCUGACAACUCAUAUCAAACUGAUAAACGAUGCAGAAUAUGUGAUGCAGAAAAUAUUUGCGGAAAUCCGUCUAUUGCGUGUGCUGAAACUGGCAUAUUUCCUGAUGGUUCAUUAUUUGCUUGCUUUUGUUCAAACGGUCUUACAUCAUAUGGAAAAGCAUGUGAUGAGUCGUCGUUAAUUACUACUGUCUCUCCACCAGAAGCUACUACAGCAACUACGCCGACGUCAACGACAACAACCGCCACUUCUAUCAGUACAGCAAUGGAUCUUCCACAAAGAACGUCUGUGAAGAAAUUAAAGAAUAUCUUUUUUUAA